CUACACAAAUUUACAUAAAACUGGAAUUUAACCUGUCAUGGAGCUGGCUCACAGUUUGUUACUGAACGAGGAAGCAUUAGCUCAAAUCACAGAAGCAAAGAGACCAGUCUUUAUCUUUGAGUGGUUAAGAUUUUUGGAUAAAGUGCUAGUAGCUGCCAACAAGACAGAUGUCAAGGAAAAACAGAAGAAACUUGUAGAACAGCUAACAGGACUCAUCAGCAGUUCCCCUGGGCCACCUACGCGAAAGCUGCUUGCAAAAAAUCUCGCUGCUCUCUACAGCAUCGGAGACACAUUUACUGUUUUUCAGACACUUGACAAGUGUAAUGACAUCAUCAAGAGCAAAGAUGAUACUGCAACCUACCUGCCCACAAAACUGGCUGCUGUGGCGUGUGUUGGAGCAUUUUAUGAAAAAAUGGGCAGAAUGCUGGGUAGUUCUUUUCCAGAAACUGUGAAUAAUCUUUUAAAGUCUCUGAAAAGUGCAGAGUCUCAGGGCCGCAGUGAAAUUCUGAUGAGUUUGCAGAAAGUCCUCAAUGGACUCGGAGGAGCAGCAGCUUCUUGUCACCGUGACAUUUAUAAGAAUGCCCGAUCUCUGCUGACGGACAGGUCUAUGGCUGUACGAUGUGCUGUGGCCAAGUGUCUGCUGGAAUUACAGAAUGAAGCGGUGUUUAUGUGGACAGCUGAACUAGAGAAUGUUGCAACCCUGUGCUUCAAAGCUCUGGAAAACUCAAACUAUGGUGUGCGUGUUGCAGUGUCAAAGCUUUUGGGGACAGUCAUGGCUACAGCACUGAUACCAAAACAAGCAACAGUGAUGCGACAAAAUGUGAAGAGAGCCACGCUUGAGGAGGUCUUGGAGCUUAUGGCCACAGGAUUUUUGCGAGGAGGAUCUGGUUUCCUGAAGAGUGGUGGAGAGAUGUUAAAAGUAGGAGGAUCUGUCAAUAGGGAAGUGCGAGUUGGUGUUACCCAGGCCUACGUUGUCUUUGUUACAACAUUAGGAGGUCAGUGGUUGGAGCGCAACUUUGCUACCUUUUUGUCCCACGUACUUGAUCUGGUCUCCCAUCCUCGUGCAACUCAGACCCAUGUGGAGGCAGUUUACUCUCGAAGAUGCGUGUCAUUUAUCCUGAGAGCAACUGUGGGCAGCUUACUCGGGGAGAAAGCACAAAUUGCAGCUGCCAAAGAUAUAUGUCAAGCCAUUGGUAAACAAAUGAAGGCAGUGGAAGCAGUAGUGAAUGAUGCUAACAGUGAAAAUAAAUCAGGAGCUGCUGAUGUAGCUGCAAGCCAGCAUGUAAUGGUGUGUGCCCUCCAGGAAUUGGGUAGUCUGGUUCAGAGUCUGAAUGCCACUGCAUCUCCCCUUAUUCAAGAACCCUCUAUAGGUCUGUUGGAGACAGUAACUUCAGUUCUUCUUCAUCCCAGCAUGGCUGCUCGCCUUGCUGCGGCGUGGUGCUUGCGGUGUGUAGCCGUGGCAUUGCCUUUUCAGUUGACUCCAUUUUUAGACAGAUGUGCAGAAAGACUCAACAAUCUGAAGACCUCCCCUGAAGCUGUUAGUGGCUACAGUUUUGCAAUGGCUGCAUUGUUAGGUGGUGUGCAUCAGUGCCCACUAGGUAUUCCUCAUGCCAAAGGAAAGAUGGUGGUCAGUAUUGCUGAGGAUCUGUUACGAACUGCUGCGCAAAACAGCAGGCUCUCCUUGCAGCGGACUCAAGCUGGAUGGCUUUUACUUGGAGCACUCAUGACUUUGGGUCCUUCUGUUGUUCGGUAUCAUCUGCCUAAGAUGUUGCUGCUGUGGCGAAAUGUGUUUCCACGUUCUCUGAAGGAGCUGGAAGCAGAGAAGGCGAGAGGAGAUUCUUUUACCUGGCAAGUAACGUUGGAAGGCCGUGCUGGAGCUCUGUGUGCUAUGAGAAGUUUUGUUGCUCACUGUCCUGAGCUGCUUACUGAGGAUGUGAUCAGGAAACUGAUGACACCCAUAGAAUGUGCCAUGACAAUGAUGUCGCACAUUCCAUCAGUAAUUAAAGCCCAUGGAGCUCAUCUCAAAGCUAGUGCAGCUAUGGUUCGUUUAAGACUUUAUGAUAUAUUGGCUUUAUUGCCUCCAAAGACAUAUGAAGGAUCAUUUAAUGCGCUGCUUCGAGAGUUGGUAGCAGAAUUUACUUUGACAGACAACUCUGCUAAUACAACCACAUCACUCUUAAGGUCUCUUUGUCAUUAUGAUGAUAGUGUUUUGCUUGGCUCUUGGCUGCAGGAAACGGAUCAUAAGUCAAUUGAAGAUCAGCUUCAGCCGAACAGUGCAUCUGGAAGUGGUGCUCUGGAACAUGAUCCCUCUUCUAUUUAUUUGCGCAUCCCUGCUGGUGAAGCUGUACCUGGUCCCCUUCCUUUAGGAGUAUCUGUCAUCGAUGCAUCUGUGGCUCUCUUUGGCGUGGUUUUUCCUCAUGUGUCCUACAAACACAGAUUACAGAUGUUGGAUCACUUUGCUGAAUGUGUCAAGCAGGCUAAAGGUGUUCGCCAGCAAGCUGUACAGCUUAAUAUCUUUACAGCUGUUCUUAGUGCCUUAAAGGGUUUAGCUGAGAAUAAAAGCACCUUAGGACCAGAAGAAGUCCGCAAAUCUGCUCUGACGCUUGUAAUGGGUGCCCUUGAUAAUCCUAACCCUAUUUUGAGAUGUGCAGCAGGCGAAGCUCUUGGCAGAAUGGCUCAAGUGGUUGGAGAAGCCUCUUUCAUUGCUAGAAUGGCUCAGUACAGUUUUGAUAAGUUAAAAUCUGCUCGAGACGUUGUAUCAAGAACAGGCCAUUCCUUGGCUCUGGGCUGUCUCCAUCGGUAUGUUGGUGGAAUAGGUUCUGGACAGCAUCUGAAAACUAGUGUCAGUAUUCUCUUGGCUUUGGCACAGGAUGGAACCUCUCCUGAAGUCCAGACCUGGUCCCUCCAUUCACUUGCCUUGAUAGUAGAUUCUAGUGGACCGAUGUACCGUGGGUACGUGGAGCCAACGCUUUCUCUGGUUCUUACUCUGCUCUUAACUGUCCCACCAUCGCAUACAGAAGUACAUCAGUGCCUAGGCCGAUGUCUUGGAGCUAUAAUAACUACUGUUGGGCCUGAGCUGCAAGGUAACGGAGCUACAAUUUCAACGAUCCGUUCUUCCUGUUUGGUGGGAUGUGCAAUCACACAAGACCAUUCAGACUCACUUGUUCAGGCAGCUGCCAUAUCCUGUCUUCAGCAGCUUCAUAUGUUUGCACCACGGCAUGUCAACCUGUCCAGUCUGGUUCCCAGUCUUUGCGUUCAUUUGUGCAGCUCUCACUUGCUGCUUCGCCGGGCUGCAGUUGCGUGUUUACGACAGCUUGCUCAGAGGGAAGCCUCAGAAGUAUGUGAAUAUGCCAUGAGCUUAGCAAAAAACACUGGAGACAAAGAAAACAGCGGCAUCAACAUUAAUCCUUUUGCACCAGGAGCUGGUUCUCGUCGAGAUGCUCAUUCCCGGCAUCAGGGGGUUAAUAUAACAGAGACAGGCCUGGAAGGUGUCCUUUUUGGAAUGUUGGAUCGGGAGACUGAUCGGAAGUUGUGCUCAGAUAUCCACGACACUCUGGGACAUAUGCUUUCAUCGCUGGCAGUAGAAAACCUUUCUCACUGGCUAAUGCUUUGUAAGGAUGUCCUUGCAGCUUCAAGUGACAUGAGCACUGCUGCUCCCUUAGGAGGGAAGGAUGAGGAAUCAGAGAAGAAAGAUGAGAUGGAUGAUGAUACAAUGUUUACCACCUUGGGUGAAGAGGAUAAGUCCAAGCCUUCUGUAGCGCCUCGUUGGGCAACUCGUGUGUUUGCAGCAGACUGUCUGUGCCGAAUUAUCAUGCUGUGUGAGAAUGCCAACAAGGCACACUUCGAUCUGGCACUGGCUCGUUUAGCCAGACUUAAAAACCCAAAAAAUGACUUCUUAGUACUCCAUCUCUCUGACCUUAUUCGAAUGGCAUUCAUGGCUGCGACUGAUCACAGCAACCAGCUACGAAUGGCAGGUCUUCAGGCUCUUGAAGACAUUAUCAAGAAAUUUGCAUCUGUUCCUGAGCCAGAGUUUCCAGGCCACGUGAUACUGGAGCAGUAUCAGGCAAAUGUUGGAGCUGCUCUGAGGCCAGCUUUUUCCCAAGAUACACCAUCCGAUAUAACUGCAAAGGCCUGUCAGGUAUGUAGCGCUUGGAUAGGAAGUGGGGUUGUAAGUGACCUGAAUGAUCUUCGCCGAGUUCACAACCUUCUUGUCUCUUCCCUGGAUAAAGUGCAAGCAGGAAAGGGAUCUUCUAGCCAGCUUUACCGAGAGAGUGCAACUACUAUGGAAAAACUUGCAGUUCUGAAAGCAUGGGCUGAGGUGUAUGUUGUUGCCAUGAAGAUUAAGAAAGAAGCAGAGACCAAACCAAAGCGUGUUUUAAAGAGCACAGAGGAGGAUGACGAUGAUUUUGGUACUGUAGAUGAGUUGCCACCAGACAGUUUGAUCACACUUGUACAACCUGAACUGCCUGCGCUCAGCCGACUCUGGUUAGCAGCGCUGAAAGAUUACGCUCUUUUAACUUUACCAGCUGAAUUUGCUACCCAGCUUCCACCAGAUGGAGGAGCAUUUUACACUCCAGAAACAAUUGAUACAGCUAGACUGCAUUACCGAAACUCCUGGGCUCCCAUACUACAUGCAGUGGCACUUUGGCUGAACAGUACAGGAUUUAAUGUGCCAGAGUCAACAGAAGAGACUGCUGCAGCAAUGCCCAGUUCACAGAAACGUGCUACAUCCAUUAUGUUAAACCAGACACCUGGAACUCCACCUGCCACUAAAUCUUUGCCAGAGAUAAACAAAGAUCGAAUGCACUUAAUUUUGGGUGUUAGUAUACAGUUUCUGUGUUCACCACGACCUGAAGAGCCUGUUGAGCAUGUUACAUCUUGUUUACAAGCACUUCAUACUUUAUUGGAUUCCCCUUGUGCCAGGAUCCAUAUUGCAGAGGAUCAGCUCCUUGGUGUUGAACUCUUGAGUGUGCUUCACCGACUGCUCCUGACCUGGGAUCCUCCCUCAGUCCAGCUGCUGGUUACAGGUGUUGUCCAGCAGAUAGUAAGAGCAGCUCAAGAUUAUUUGCAGGAAAAAAGAAACACACUAAAUGAAGAUGAUAAUGAGGAAAAAGAAAAUCGUGUUGCUUUAGGAGAGGGAGGUGCGAGUGGUGGUCUUGUGCCUGGAAAAUCUCUAGUCUUUGCAGCCAUGGAAUUGCUCAUGUUUAUCCUGGUACGACACAUGCCCCAUUUGAGUUCAAAAGUGUCUGAUUCUCCAAGUCACAUUGCUGCCAAAUCCCACCUCUCUGAGGAAAGUGCUCGUCUUGUGGCUGCCACCAUUAAUAUUCUGUCUGAACUGCCUUCUCUCUGUUCUCCAGCAGGGUGUAUGACAAUCUUACCUACUAUCCUAUUUCUGAUAACAAGAGUAUUGAAAGAAACAGCAGUAAAAUCGGCAGAUAACCAGGUCCCACCUCCAGUCAGUGCAGCCCUUCAAGGGAUAAAAACUAUUGUUACUCUUCCAACAGUCAAGACUGAUGAAACUCAGAAACAAUGGACAGGUCUUAUCCGUAGCACUCUGGCAUCUAUCUUGGAAGAUUCUCAACCUGAAGCCUCUAAACCUAUUCUUGAUGAAGUAAGCAUACUUACAGCUAUUGCUCUCUUCCUUUGGUCAGCAAGCACGGAAAUAAUUGGAGUGCAGUCUUUACAAAACGGAUGUAUGAACAGAUUUAGAAGUGCAUUAAAUUCCUGUGAUCCUUGGGUUCAAGCCAAGUGUUACCAGCUUCUGCUUUCUGUGUUCCAACACACCAAUCGUGCCCUGUCAACUCUGUAUAUUCAUUCAUUGGCCCCUAUCAUGGUUGAGAAGUUGAAAGCUGUGGAAAGGAGCCGCCCGAACAACAACCUGGAGCUUUUAGCAGUCCAGGAAGGAAUUAAAGUCCUUGAAACUUUGGUCGCCCUUGGUGAGGAGCAGAAUAGAGUACAGUUGCUUGCCCUUCUCGUUCCCACUCUGAUCUCCUAUUUACUGAAUGAAAAUGCCUUCGCUUCUGCAUCUGCAGCAUCUAAGGAUCUUCACGAGUUUGCACUUCAGAAUCUAAUGCACAUUGGUCCACUUUACCCACGUGCUUUCAAGACAGUAAUGGGAGCUGCUCCUGAAUUAAAAACACGUCUAGAAACUGCAGUCCGAGCAAGUCAGGCCAGCAAAGCAAAAGCAGCUGCUAGGCAACCACCACCCACAGUACAUUCCACCCCAACAAUUAAACUGAAAACUAGCUUUUUUUGAAUUACUUUUAUUAUUUUUGGACCAUUAAGUAGUCAGAAGCAUUACAUUAUCCCCGCAUACAUGUCUAAUUUUGUGUAAUUUGUAUGUGAAAGGCUGUCUAAUGGAGCUUUGUGUAAUUACUUGAAAUCCAUGCAUUACAAGGGAAGUGGUGUUACUUGUGUUUGUAUAGAUUUUUAGGAAAUUGUGAUCAUAUUUAUGAAUUUCUGUUAUAAAUUAUCCACAAAAAGGUUAUUCUAUAUCUAAAUACUUUUAUUUAUUUUUAAAAGCUCCCCCAAACCCUCCACUGGUUUUUGAAAUCUGAUGAUUGUUAUCCUACCAUUGUGCCAACACACUAGCACAGUGGGGACGGAGGGAAGAAGAAAAACUGUUAUGAAGUACUUACCCCGUACCGUGGGGAAUUUCAAGUGUAGAAGUAUGCAUUUUUUCCUUUUAAAAACAAAGUAAGGAAGGAGAUUGUUAGACUUUGUAGACCAUCUCAGCUUGCAUGAAAAAAACACAACAAAAGAGUUGAAAAUUUUCAGCCUUUCUCAAAGUGAAUGAUCAAGCAUGCUGUCUUAAUGAGUUGUCCUUAUUUAUGUGGUGUAUAUUGCUUUCAAAUUAGUUUCCAUGCUUGAAAAUGAAUAAAGGAUGCAAAGAAUCUAAUCCCCUAUCUCUUCUAAGAUAAAAUUUAAGGGAAUGCAUUGGAUAUUGAGUUUAUAAAGAGAACUGCCUGCUAUCUGCAUUUUUGUAGGUGUAGAUUUUGGCCCUUGUAAGGUGCUCUGUGUUUGCAGUCUUCCUGUUCUGCCAGCCACUGGUUGAGUAUGUGAUGAGUCAGUGCUCUGCCCUUUGUCCAGACUCAUAUUUGACCUUGCUGCAAGAUUUUAGUCUCAGUGAAUAUAUGAUACCUGUAAUCCUUGAUAAAGUUUGCAAGCAGAAUUACUGGAGUCCUUUGAACCUCUACUGACUCAGGGGGCAGAACACCAGUGAGAGUCAGGCUCCUCCAGUUUCUCCUUCCCCUACCAGGCUUUUCUUUUUUGAAAAGCACGUGACUCCCCUUGCAUCUGGGUGAGUCUGGUCUGCAGAUUUUGGAGCUUAGAGCUCAAGUGCUGUGAUUCCCAAUGUCUGUCUGCUGCCAGGCCUCGCCCUUCCUAUUGGCAGAAGUGUGGAACCAUGUAUUUUCUUGUGUAUACAAGACUGACUUACGUGAAUUUUUUGACACAGCUGUUGAAUUUAUGGGCUUCUAUAGGGAUCUUUCUAUACAUUUUGCUUUAGAGAGAGAAGCUACAUAACUAGAGGCCUCAGCUAGGCCUGUUGAGUUUCAUCUCUGAUGUUUUUCUGGAUACUCUGUAAAAAUUGGGUAUUUCAGAUGCAUCAACCUCAAAUAUAACAAAGGGAUAGUAAAUAGAAUUGAUCAGGAUUCAUAGCUGGUUGAGAUAUUUUUAGAUCGCUAUUUUUGCAUAGUCACUUGCCUCUGGGCUUUCUAUUUUCCUGUAAGACCUUAUCUAAUAUCCCUUUGAGUACCUAUGCAAAAUGGUCAAGACAAUGCUCUUCUGCCCUAUUGCAUUUGCUGUGUGCAAAAUAUUUAACAUAAAAUCAGAAAAGCUUUCAUUUCACAGUGAACAUUUUAAUACUAAAGUGAUGACAACAAAUGGUGCAUCCUCUAAUCUCUCAAUUUUUUUUCAUAAAGCUGUUAACUUCUAAGUCUUGUUCCAUUGUUCUAUAGGAGUAAAGAUAUAUGUGGAAGUAAAAACAAUAUGCUGUACAUGAGGAAGAAAGUAGUUUCACUACUUUUUUCAUCUUAGUAUGAGUAGUGGGAAUUAAAUUGAUUAAAAUAUAUCACUUUCUAUUAUGUGUUUCCAGCAUUACAAAGCUGUAUUGCUUAGAAGAAGUUCUAAAUCUGUUUAACAUUUGAGAGAAAGUAUUAUGGAAACUCUUUCAGUACAAAAUUGAAGACAAACAUUUUGCAAGUAAAACUAAGAAAACAAGUUUAUAACCUGUUUAAAUUUCUUCCUCCCCACCAGAUAGUCUAGUAAAUAAUGACUUCUUGGAAUGAUUUUAACUGUAAUCAGGUUUUGUUUACCUUUUUAUCUGAGCACUUUUAAGUUUUGGUUAGACUCUAGUUGACAAGAUGUCUGAAAACUCAGAAAAGGAGGGGGGGAGGGAAGUGUAGCAAUCAAGCAUAACUAAGUCAGUAGAAAAAGAGAAAUAAGUUAGCAGAAGGGAAAAUGGUACUAGAUAGAAGUAGAGGGAUAGAGAAGGGAGAGGUUUUUCUUUGUAUAUUGUGUGGCUGUCUACAACAUGCACAACUCUCAUUUGUAUACAUCCUUUCCCAGUUUAGUCCUCAUUUGCUUCUCUGCUUACUCCUGAUACUAAAGGUAUAACCGUGUGGUUUUACAUAAUAUUUUGGCACCAAAUUUCAUUUGAUUAAAAAAACCCUGAAGUAAAUC